GUUCAGGAGAGAGAUUUCUCGCAGGAUCUCAGAAAACGAGGGUCUGAAGAAGAAGUGCGAUUUGUUAGAGAUUAAGCUGAAGGCGAGCAGGAGGAGCGCGCAGGAGCGAGGCGAGGCGCACAAGGUCCGAAUAAAGAAACUGGACAUCGCCCCACCAUCGACGGCGUGUUUGGGAAGGAGUGGUGCAUGGAUCUGUGGAAAGACAAGGAGUCAAAUGCGGCACAGAAGCAGCAGAGCCGUGUGGACCCGUGUAUGAUCGAGUCGAUUGAUCUGAUGGAAGAUGACGGACCCGACAUGAUCAUCAUCAAAGACGAGACAUUUGACGACGGCCCAGGCAAAAGCAAGCCACACACGAACCCGAGGAUCAACGAGAAAGACCUGGCGUUCUCUGAAGCGGAUCAGGAAGCGGUCCAGAGGGGCGAGGACUUCAUCGCGUACGCAGCGGCAUUGGACAACACGCAGCUGCGUGGCGCCGUGGACCAAACGUUCGACGUCAGAGCGGACCAGAGACCUCCUGCGCUGGGAGACGCCGCUACGUCAUCCAACAUGAGCUCGGAGGAGUUUGCCGGAUUCUUUCCCGCCAACUUGCACUCGGACGCUCCGAAGAACUUCACAUCGGGUUCGGAGCAGAAGAAGUUCGAGUGCGUGUUCUGCGGGAAGAACUUCAACUACUUAAGCUAUUUGAAAGUGCACUUACGGACGCACUCCGGAGAGAAACCCUUCAGCUGCAUGGUGUGUGGCAAACGCUUUGCUCAGAAGACGUACCUCAAAAUCCACAUGCGUACGCACUCCGGAGAGAGACCCUACACCUGCAUGGAGUGUGCCAAGAGCUUUUCGCAGAAGAGCUCACUAAAUAUACACCUGCGCAGCCACACCGGAGAGAAACCAUACAGCUGCGUGGACUGCGGCAAACGUUACGCUUAUAAACACGGCUUCAACAUUCAUCAGUGCAACAGCUAAAACUCGAGCAAGGUUACGUUCCAUUCUAUUCGACACACACACUGUGCAUUGUGCAGAUGGGCACAAAACACUCCAGCUACCAGUUUAAGUGAAACAAGGUGCAUCUACUGACUGCAUUUUAUAUUAUUACAUUUACACCAGAACUACUUCUAAUUAUCUUUCAUACAACUGAGCAGUCGAGGGUUAAGCGCCGCAGUGGCAGCUUGGUGGUGCUGGGAUUUGAACUCACAACCUUCUGAUCAAAAGUCUAACAUCUCAACCACUGAGCUACCCUAUACCCUACUACUGCUUUAUCCCCCCUGUUUUGCCCCCUGUCUAUCAUUAGAAAGGUACAGAAGCUCAGCAGAUGUUAUUUGGGUGGUGUUCAUUCUUAGCACAGUAUUAACACUAACAUAGUGCUAUAAAUGUGUGUGUGUGUGUGUGUGUGUGUGUGUGUGUGUGUGUUGCUAGUAUGGGUGUAUCGUGUGUCAGUAAGUUCGGUUUUUAAACGGCUGAAGUUUUAUUUCGAUAUUAUUUAUUUGUGGAAGGAGCCUCAAGUGUCAGAGUUUUGGAAGAGCCGAAACAUUUUUCCUCCAUAGGAAAGUCUUCACUACAGUGGAAUUCAUGCUUCAUAAAUUCUCUUUAAGAUGUGGGGGUUUUUGAGUUUGGGUUUUUACGUCAGACGUGUUUCAGUGGACAUUCAGUAUUGACUAAUAGGGAAUUUUAAAGACUAGAAAAUUUUCCAUUGGAAUUAAUAGGAAACAGGGAAUUCACAAAAUUGCAACAGGGAAAUUAAAUGUAGUUUAAAAAACAAAAAAACGUAAAGUAUAAUUUAAGAUAAAACAACCAGCUUUAAUACAAUUUUAGUUGAAUUUCUAUCCUGGACAUUCAUCAAUCACAUGCUCACUUACUGCAGGGUGACUGAGGCCACACCCCCUACACCAUGAGGCCACACCCCCUACACACGUUCAUCCUUCCAUAACAGAAACAUUGUUUAUUGAAUCAAUAACAAAACAAUGUCAAAAAAAAUGUCCAUCUUGGCGAUUAUUCACGUGAGUUACGUAAAUAUUACAUACAUUUAUUGUUUUAAACUUCCUUGUGCCGUGUAAAAGCUAUUGUGCAACAAAAGUGUAGCAACAAUUAAAUCAAAGUAAAAAAUUUAAGUUUUUUAAAAAAUAUCUGUAUUGGUUUGCAUGCGUGUCAGCUUAUGACCAAACAAAUGUUUCUGUUCAUGUUUGUAUAUGGAACGCAUCACAUUUCUAAUGAAUUCACAUAAAUUCCUGGGAAGUUUCCAACUUGGAAUAUUCCCCAGAUGAAAUUUCCAUAAUGUUUUUGGGAAAUUGACCAAAAUUUUUUUUGCAAGCCUAUUAACUACCAAUGUGUUUUAUAUUUUAAUUAAUAAUAAUAAAAAAAACUCUCUGUGUUUGGAAAACGGAUAAAAAUUCAGCUGCUAUUUGAAAGAAAUCAAUUUUAAGGUAGAAGGAAUGACUCACAUUGCACAACACACUGGUUGUUCUCUUCAAUCAUGUACUGAUUCUUUUUCGCUACAUCAUAUUGCCAAGGUUUGUCUCUAAAACCUCGCCCUUUCCUCAAUAACCCCAACCCUUUAUCCAGGGCAGAUCAGGGGCAGAACCACAGACAUGCCCCAGUCAGUAAAGGCACCUGUACAGUGAUCUGUAGUAUCCGUAUAAACCUGAUAAACUGGUAGCUGAGUGUAAACUCGUACUAAAAACACACAAAAACUAAAAUCUUGUGCAUGUUGGUGAAUUUUUGUUUUUUCUUAGCAUAGUAUAAAUUAUUCUUAUACAUUUUCAAUUAUUGUACCUUUUAUAUUUAACCCUUUACGUGUUCAGAAAGUGAAGUAUUAUUAUUAUUUAAGUUUGUCCUGAUAUAUUUAAUGUUUUCCGAGUUAGUUAUUCAGCAUUUUGUACAGACUCUUUAGUAUUUAUUUACACCACUAUCAGCUUUCUAAUAUUGCUUUCUCAGCUGAUUAAUAAAUCACGCUCAGAAGGGAA